AUGGCAAACAUGAAGGAUAAUUGCCAUGUUCUUCUUGUAGCUUUCCCAGCCCAAGGCCAAAUUAAUCCAUCUCUUCAAUUUGCCAAACGUUUAAUCAAGUUGGGAGUGAAAGUGACCUUCUCCACAAGUCUAUCAGCAAUGAACUGCAUGUCUAAUCGUCCCUCCAUUGAAGGCUUAACUUUUGCUCCAUUUUCUGAUGGCUAUGACAAUGGUUACCCCAAUUUUAACAAAUCUCUCGAUAAGUUCCAAGAGUUCUAUGCUUCCUUCAUCACUCUCGGGUCUGAGUUUGUGGCCAAAAUCUUUACAGCCAGGGCAAAGGAGGGGCGCCCAUUCUCACGUAUUAUCUAUACGAGCGUACUCUCUUGGGUUGGUAUAGUGGCAAAGAGGCUUAAUGCCCCAGCCAUACUUUUAUGGAUUCAGCCAGCCACACUUUUAGAUAUCUACUACUAUUACUUCAUUGGCUAUAGAGAUGAUUUCAAGAAUUGUUUAUUAGAUGAUCAACCAAUGGAGCUUCCCGGACUUCCUUUUCCUGUGGGUACUCGUGAGAUCCCAUCAUUUUUACUUUCAAGUGAUAACCUUAUGUACUGGUUAAUUCAGAGAAUGAAAGAGCACGUUGAGUCAAUAAAUAGUGAAGCUAAUGAAAUAGUACUUGUGAACACUUUUGAUACUUUGGACCGUGAUGCUUUGAGAGCUAUAAAGAAUGUGAAUAUGGUGGGAAUUGGCCCCUUAAUUCCUUCACAUUUUCUUGAUGGAGAGGACUCUUUUGAUACUGCCUAUGGAGGUGAUUUACGACAUUGUUCGAAAGAUUACAUGGACUGGUUGAAUUCCACAUGUAAUGCAUCCGUAGUUUACGUAGCAUUUGGUAGCUACUCUGAAUUACCAAACCAAAUGAUGGAAGAGAUUGCUAGAGGAUUGGUAAAGAGUAAAAGACCAUUUUUGUGGGUAAUUAGGAAUGGGCAAAAACCAUUUGAAAAUUUGAGUUGCAAGGAGGAACUUGAAAAGCAAGGAAAAAUAGUGUCUUGGUGUUGUCAAGUAGAGGUUUUACCACACCCUUCUUUGGGCUGCUUCUUGAGUCACUGUGGAUGGAACUCAACUCUGGAGAGCUUAGUUUCUGGGAUUCCUGUUGUGGCAUGUCCUCUUUGGGUGGACCAAGGUUGCAAUUCAAAGCUUGUUCAAGAUGUUUGGAAGAUUGGCGUGAGAGUGAAUGCGAAUGAAGAAGGCGUUAUUGAAGGGGCCGAGUUCAAAAGGUGCAUUGAUAUUGUCAUGGGGGAUGGAAAGGAAAGGAAGGAAUUGAGAAAUAAUGCUAAGAAAUGGAAGGACUUGGCUAAAGAUUCUAUGAAGGAAGAUGGUUCAUCUAAUGUGAAUCUCAAAGCAUAUGUUCAUGAGGUUCUUGGUAGCCGUGUAUAAUGAUUAAGAAAGAUGCACAAAUUCU